UUGGUCGAUUUUGAAACGGAUUUGCAAACGUUCAAUUUAUUCAUUACAUUACUGGGUUGUUUGUUAACAUUUUUUGUUUGAUCAAACUAUCCGUAGGUAAAAUACUUCACAAAACACUCUAUCGUAGUAGUCAUCGAACAAGAUCGAGCCUGAGCUUCGUAGCUAGAAUGUCCAAAUUUCUAACCCUACGUCGUCCGACGACGAUAUCUAAAUUAGCUCCACUAGUUCCACAACAUCCGGACGUUCUUCCACGUGAAAUCGUACCACAAUGGGCCGAUUUGCUACCGUCCGAGAAACUUCCCAAUCGUUGCUGUCCAGUGCAUGCGGUACAGUUUUCAAGAGGACCGUUGGCACACCCGGUUUGGGAGUAUCCGGACAGUCAUGGAUUUGAUCUUCAGGAUCCUUGCAUACGGAUUGCACCAAGGAACUAUCAAGUGGUGCAUGAUAAGCACCUGCAUCACUUUUGGAAUGAACCACUAAAAAAGAAUUUGAAGCUACGUGGCUUAAUCAAUGGAGAUGAAAGGGUCAUGUGUACGCUACAGGCGCACAAUCAAUUUCGAAACUUCCAUUUCCAGCAUUAUCGAUUACAGCUGCAAAAUCUUCUCCAUCAUAUGAGAAGAGAAAAGGCCACUGAUACUCACUGUAUGAAUAUACAAACUCAUCUAAAAAAUGCUGUAGAUUUUUGUGAAAAAUUAGCUAUCCGACACAGUCGUGCUGAUAGCAUAUACAGGAAGAAAAUAAAUCGGUGGAAACUAUCCAUAGAGCAGCAUAAACUAAAAGUCGCCAACAUAAUGAAGACCAUAGAGAUGCAAAAGCUACAGAACAUGGCUGAAGGACAUCGGCGCGAUUUAAAAAACAAGGAACGCUAUUGCGAUCUGUUAGCUAUUCGUAAAAGAAAAAAUCUAAUAUUAAAGAGAAAAUUGAAAGAACGGGACGAUUUACUGCAACAGCGUUUGUACAGCAACAAAACCAGGCGUCUGGAAAUCAAAACCAGAAUGCAAAUUGAACGUUUUCGAAUGCACUACAUGGCGUACCUAAAGGAACGGAAUGAAAAUAGGCAAUACUUGGAAUCAUUUCAAGCGCAAAUGCAACACAAGGUACAGGACAGAAAAGACAUGUACGAGCGAAAGCACAAACAAAUGGAGGAAGAGCUGGUACGGAGGAAAACGAGGAAUCUGGCACGGAGGCAUUAUCGUCGUAGCAAAGCAAUGCUUGUGAAAGCCCUGCUAAAAGAGUGCAAGAAAAAGCUGUUGGCUAAAUCUUCCGGCAGAACCGCUUCUAUGAUGCAUGAAAGGAUUGAGCGUGCGAUCGAUGCAGCUUAUGCCAUACACACUACCAUUAGUCCUACUACCAGUAGCACGCAGAUAAUCGAUACCGCUAGCCAGUUCGUAUUUGAUUUGCAUGAUGCACCUAUCGAACCCUUGCCGCAAGACUCACUCAUCCGAGGCUAUGUGGUCAAUCGACUCCGUGAGAUGAUGCAACAGAUUGUUGAAAAGGCUUUCCGAGAAGCGUUUGCGCUCAUCGAACAGGUGACGGUCAGAAAGUUCGAAUCCCUCAACAUGGAAGCCCAUCCUCCACUGAGGUCUUCAUUAUCCAACCAAGAAAGCAUUACAAAAUUUGCUGCUUUUCAAGCCCGUUCCGAGCGCAAUCAGUCAAGGGUGUCGUUGGGACCGGCUUCGAUCGUAGAGCAGUACGAAACCGAUAGCUUAUCGCUGAAAAAAUGCAAAAACCGUCCUCCUACGCCCGUUACAUCGGUAACAUCGCUAGUGGAACACACACUGCACCAAUCGAAAGAGGAACGUACUAGCAUCAGUGCGCUAGAAGUAAGCACCGAAACGGCCUUGGACGUUUUGCGGCGUAUCCAAUCCGAUUCCUACCCGCUGAUACAUGUCAUGCACAGUCAGCGGCGCUAUUUGGAAGGAAAUCUGUUGAAAUACCGUAUGAUCCUACAACCGUACGUAGAUCAGCGCGUAUUAGCCGCAAUCGAUCUCGAUCGGUUAGCUAUCAACAGCGACGUCGAAGUGACUGAUAGCGAGGCAACUGAGAAAGAGGCAAUUCUACAGUUAACAGCUAACGCACUGCUGCAGUUCCCCGACAGCAAUCAUCAGUACGCUAUCGCCUUGUUUGAUUCGGUAAAUUUCUUAUCAAAGCAAGCAAUUAGAAAGAUCGAACAAAUAUUGAACGCACCAUAAUUUUAGGAGCAAGAAUACUACGCACUAUUCUUAUCUAACGAUUAUUGUUUAUUUUUUUAACUGUGAUUGUGCACAAAAGGACAUUUUUAAAGAGAGUCUAAAUAAAUUGUCUUUACACUUUGCUCGGGAGUA